CAGGUUCGGAGACGCCUGCGGCAUGAGGCGCAGCAGAACGGCGCUCUCCUUCCUGCUGAGUGAGCAUGUCCGAGAGUCUGUGGAUUCUGGCUCACACCCCGCGAGUCCCCUCGGCAGUGGUGUCAUCUGGAGACGUUUCUCAGGAACCCCGUUGCUGCCCCCGCUGUCGAGCCGCCUUGGGCCCUCUGGAGAAACUGAGCCCAACGCCUCUGUGGUGUUCACCAUUGGGGCUCGAGGGACAGAGCAAAGCCAUGGUUCAUCUUCAGGCAGCUUUGACCUGGAAAAUGCUCUCUCGUGUGGGAGAAGCACCCUGGACCCCCAGGUCGGGCCUGGCCUUGGCCAGGGCGUCCAGACCUCUGCCCAACACAGCCAACGGCGCGAGUCCUUUCUGUACCGGUCUGACAGCGACUAUGAACUCUCGCCUAAGGCCAUGUCCCGGAACUCCUCUGUGGCCAGCGACCUACACGGAGAAGACAUGAUUGUGACCCCCUUUGCCCAGGUCCUGGCCAGUCUUCAGACAGUUCGGAGAAAUGUCGCAGCGAUAGCCCACCUGCAAGGCCUCAGGGCAGCCAAGCAGGCAUCUGUCGGGAACCCCCCAUCUGGCAGUCAGCCCCUGACAGCUCAGCCCCCAGAGGACACCGGGCAGAAGCUGGCUUUGGAGACUUUGGACGAGCUGGACUGGUGUCUGGACCAGCUGGAGACCCUGCAGACCCGGCACUCGGUGGGGGAGAUGGCCUCCAACAAGUUCAAGCGCAUGCUGAACCGGGAGUUGACGCACUUGUCCGAAACCAGCCGAUCCGGGACCCAGGUGUCAGAGUACAUCUCCCGGACCUUCCUGGACCAGCAGACUGAGGUGGAGUUACCCAGGGGGACCCUCACGGAGCCUCCGAAGCCAAUGUCCCAGAUCAGCGGCCUGCAUGAGCUCCCCCACAAUGCCAGCCUCUCCACAGCCACCACCCCACGCUUGGGGGUCCAGACUGACCAGGAGGGGCAACUGGCCAAGGAACUGGAAGACACCGAUAAGUGGGGGCUUGAUGUGUUCAAGGUGGCAGAGCUGAGUGGGAACCGGCCCCUCACAGCCAUCGUAUUCAGCAUCUUUCAGCAACGCGACCUGCUCAAGACGUUCCAGAUCCCAGUGGACACGCUUGUCACCUACCUGCUGACGCUGGAGGGUCACUACCAUGCCGAUGUGGCCUACCACAACAGCCUGCAUGCCGCCGAUGUGGCCCAGUCCACGCAUGUGAUGCUGGCCAUGCCUGCACUUGAGGCCGUGUUCACAGACCUGGAAGUCCUGGCUGCCAUCUUUGCAAGUGCCAUCCAUGAUGUGGACCACCCUGGAGUUUCCAACCAGUUUCUCAUUAACACCAACUCGGAGCUUGCACUUAUGUACAACGACACCUCUGUGCUGGAGAACCACCACCUGGCCAUGGGCUUCAAGCUGCUGCAGGCAGAGGGCUGCAACAUUUUCCAGAACCUCAGCACCAAGCAGUGGCUGAGUCUGCGCAGAAUGGUCAUCGACAUGGUGCUGGCCACCGACAUGUCCAAACACAUGAACCUCCUGGCUGACCUCAAGACCAUGGUGGAGACCAAGAAGGUGACAAGCCUGGGCGUCCUGCUGCUGGACAACUACUCUGACCGUAUCCAGGUUUUGCAGAAUCUGGUGCACUGUGCUGACCUCAGCAACCCCACUAAGCCGCUGCCCCUGUACCGCCAGUGGACGGACCGCAUCAUGGCUGAGUUCUUCCAGCAGGGCGACCGUGAGCGAGAGGCGGGCCUGGACAUCAGCCCCAUGUGUGACAAGCACACGGCCUCAGUGGAGAAGUCCCAGGUGGGUUUUAUUGACUACAUCGCCCACCCACUGUGGGAGACGUGGGCUGACCUGGUACAUCCAGAUGCACAGGACCUGCUGGACACACUGGAGGACAACCGCGAGUGGUACCAGAGCAAGAUCCCCCACAGCCCCGUGGACACCACCAUCCCUGAGCAGGGCGGCCAUGACAGAUUCCAGUUUGAGUUGACUCUUGAGGAGGCAGAAGAGGAGGAGGAGGAAGAGGAGGGAGAGAGCAUGCUGGCUCAGGAGGCCUCAGAGUCACCUGACACUGAGCUCCUGUCCCCUGAGGCCAGCACAGACCCUGAGGCCUUGUACCUAGACAACCAGGGGACCGUGAGCAAGCCCUGCGUGGACCAUGAGGGCAAUGUGACAGCUGAGUCGUUUGGCACCUAGUGGUCCCUAAUGAAUGGGUGGAUUUUCCAGGAAGAGGUCCCAGGUGACCCAUGACUGGCCUUCUUCACACAUUCAGAGAGACAGCCAAACUUUUAGUUAUAGGCAAGUUUCAGGGUCAAAUCAAAGGCAACUGGCUUGGGCCCACUCUGAUCUCCCACUCUGUUGAGAGAGCUGUCCUUCAGAGUCAGCUCUGAUGUUGGGGUUGGGUCAGGCUCAACUUCUACAGUGGCCACUCUUCAGCCACUUAUUCUUUCUACUCUUUAUCAGAUAUUGAUUGGGCACCUAUUGUGUGCCAGGCCUAUGCCCACUAUGUGCCUCUGGGGUAGCCCUGAGCAAGGGGUGAGAAGUCAGCACCAAGGAGAGGCCUUCCACUGGCACCUCCCUUUCGUGUUCUGGGAAGCUCCCUGCAGGAGACCGGGACCUUGAAUGGGGAAAUGUGGCACCGAAGCUUUGUGCAGUCCCAACUCUGGUUCUGGAGCUCAGGAUGGGGCCGGUAAGGGGGUAGCAAAGAGAGGGCUCUGUGUGGGGACAUCUCUAAAGACUGAUGUGGCCUGUUGCUACUUGUAUGUCAGUUAUUUCUUUAAGUAGUUGUAACUUCUGUCUUCAGUAAUGUCUCUGGGUGCGCCUGUUCUCUCUGGCCCCAGGACACCCUGUCGGUACCCUUUCAAAUUAAUCCUCUUAUAGAACAGCAACAAAAGCACACAGUUUCCUUCAACACACACAAUACCCUUCCUGAUUCUGUGGUGUCCCAGACUCCCUCCAGGGCCAGUUUUCCCUCUAUAGCCUAAUCUUAGCAUUUGGAUAAACAUUGGUUGAGGGGGAAUGUCUGUGAUCACCCUGAAAUAUCUUAGAAAUUUUGUACAUUUAAUGUUUCUCUGGGGUUAAAUAAACCCUAUUACCCUAAACUAGUAUCAUGUCCAUUUCAUGGAUGAGGACACUGAGGCACGGAGAGGUCCUGUUGCCUGCUUAAGGCCACGCAGCUGGACGCUGGAUAUUAGCCAGCGGCGCCCCCUGGCGGCUGAAGACGCAGCAAAUUUGGAAGUCUUCCUGGCUAGCCGCACCUCCCGCGUUUCCCUUGUGGGAGCUCAGCCUGGGGCUGAGGUGGCUUUGCUGGGUGGGAGAAGAGGAGGUAGCUCUGUGUUCAAGUAUCAGGUUUAGUUCCUGUACCUGGAAGGCUUAGUAUUCCACACCCCAACUUGCCUCCCUCCCAGCAUGCCUGAAAAUUUAUGCAUGACACAGGUCCUCACAGCAGCCUCUGGCUUACAAAACAGCUGGCUUCAUUACUAAAUGAUUCCAAUAAUUCAUCAUCAUCAUAAUUACUAUGGAAUUCCACAGGGAGAAUUAAAUGUCAUCUGGGUCAUGAACUUGAUGCAUUUCCUUCCAGAUCUUUAAAAGACAGAGAUUUAGGAGAUAAUUAUUUAUAAUUUUCUCCUUCCCAUUUACUUAUAAGUAAUACGUAUUCAUAGUAGAUAAUUUGGAAAUAAUGGAAACAUAAAGAAGAAAAUAAAGUUCAAUUAUAACCUCACCCAUAAACCAUCUGCCUUCAGCAUUUCACCUUAUUUCCCUGUGGAUUUUUCUUCACCCAUUUGUAAGAACACUCAUACAUUCCCCUUCAGUUUGAGCCACAGGCAUCCCUCCUACUCCCCCUACUGAUGAUACUCUACCCACACUCUAAGCAUGGCCCCACCUCAGGACCUUUGCACAUGCUCUGCACACCACCUAGAAUGUUUUUUCCCCUUCUCAUUCUCACUCUUUGGGUCUCAGCUCAGCAACCCCUUCUCUGGGAGGUCCUCCCUGAUUCUUCACCCCAGGCUCUCAUUGGUGGAAGCUCUGAGGGAUUCUUUGAUCCAUGUCCACCAUGCACUCCAGGUCGUGAUUUCAGGAUGCCUAGACCAGGUCCACUGCACCAUCCUCAGUGUCCCCAAAGAUGGACUUUGCCAACUUGAACAAGUCCUUAACAUCCUGAAGCCUUUGUCAUUUCACAGAUGAAGUGGGCUCUUUGUGAGGGUCCCAUAAUUGCAAGAACAGUUAACAUUUGAGGAAAGUGUGUCCUGAGCCAUGCUCUGAGUAGGGUGGGCUUUGGGAGGGUUUGGGGCACUUCUCCCAUCCAGUUCUGUCUCCCCUGCCAUGCAGGAGACCCUUCUGGAGUAUGCAGCCUCCCCAUUCAAUCAUCCCUAAUUUCAGAGCCAAAUGCUGAUUAUUAGCAAUAAAGGCUUUGUGUCAUUUAUAUGUUAAAGUACAAAUUUCUCUGGGACAAGCUGGUUUACACUGUUGUGGGGUUUUCCCCUGAGGAAAAAACCGGGUGUUUCCGAGUGCCACCCAUGUAUGAAGCCUGACACAGGGAGGUCAUCAAACCAAGAGGCACGCAAGUCUUCACUUCCACCGUGAGCCUGGACCAGCCACACCUGGAGCCAACCCAGAGCUGGGAUUUGAUUGUGCAUUUUUUUUUCUGAAUUUUCCCAAUUCUCCGCGGUGGGUUUGUGGUAAAAUAUAGGUGAAGUAGGGGAAAGGGGCAAAACUGUUACCUUGAGGUAAACAGAUUUACCAAAUACAAGCAGAGUGGGAGGGACAUUCUGCACUUCCAGGGCGCUGGGGGGCAUGCGUGGAUUGAGAGGGCGGUCUCUGGCACAAAGUUAUUCUGGUCUCUCCGAGCCUCCGCAGCUGGAGAGCUUUUUAUAAAAAGGAUAAGCACUCCCCCCAGCCUCCUGGGGAGCAAUGGGGGGGGAGGGGCGACAGGAUUUUCUUGGGGCCACACGCCUCCUGCUGGGUCUCGGGACCAGAGAGAGUUGGGGGCAGGGAACUGGAAGGGUCUCUUUCUCCAGGCCCCCGCAAUUCUGACUUAACCUCCUCAAGAUUUUGGGGAAAAAAAGAUGGAGCAUCUGAGCUCCCCAAGUCUCCACUCUGAGUCUUGUUUCCCCAGGAUAGAGGGAGGGGGUUUCUCCGGCCCUGUCUUUAAUUCAGCAACCAGGGAAUGGUGAAGUCUCUUCCAGCCCCGUGUCUUUAGCCUCUCUCUUACCCUCCUUGUUUUCCUGUCUCUUGUCGCAGGCUUUGCGAGUGUAGGGAACAAGCAGUUUCUCUGCCCUAUUUCCACCUUUUCUUAGGAUUUUUUUUUUCUGGAAAAUGGGGCGCAGGCAGGGGAGGGGUUGUCAGAGCGUCCAUCACACCCUUCCUUUCUUAUCUGGGAAUUGAUGGGGAGGGGUGACUCUCUUGGUGCCUAUUUCUUCUUUCAUCUUUGAAACAGUGUGGUGCAUCUACCAGCCCAGCACACUUUGGGGGUCUUACAUCUCAGAAAACGGGCAGGGUCUCUCUCCUAUUUUCUCCUUUUCUCCUUUUGUACUUAUUUUGCGGCCCAUAAGUAGGGGGUAUGGAGCAGCUCUCGAUCUCUGUCCCUCUUUUCUGAAAUUGGGGAUUGGGAGCAUUUGACGAUUAGUCACACCAUCCUGGCCUGGGUUGGGGCCGCCAGAGAGUCACACCUAGGGUGAGAGGCGCAGGGGAAGGGGAACGCCCCCUGACAACCCCAGCUCAG